AUGCCAAUGUUCCGCUCUGACCGAACUGCAUCCGCUCGCUUCGAGGUAUGUGCGACAGACCGUGUUGGUUGUGGAGUCCGGGCUUUCUGUCAUUACAGGUGUGACCUUAGCACUUGUUCUUGGUGGAGCUCAUUUACUCCGCUCCUCCUUCUGGCCGCUCUUCUUGCGCUUUUUCCCCAUUGCCGUCUUCUUCGCUGUCGGGCUGUCCCUCAAGAUGAGUGCGGUCAACCAUUUUCAGGCCGGGACCAUCAAGAUUGUCGGUCAGCUGCGGCUAGCCUUUGUGGCUUUGGCCUCGACUUUCAUUCUUUCGCGAACGUACACCGUCAAGCAAUGGACCUCCAUUGCUUUCGUGACGCUAUUUUGCGUGUUGUUUGUCCAGCAGAAGGGCCAGGGGAGGAGUCAGCUGGGAAAAUCAUGGAAGUGGACCGGGUUAUCUCAGCUUCUCGGAUGGGUGUGCAUGAAUGUCGUCGGCGGCACUCUGGCUGA